AUGUCAGAUCAGUUGGUUGAUUCGAGUGAAACGUCAGCGUAUAUUGCAAAUGCUGAUGGUACCUACACUGCUAUACCACUAAGGGCAACUGAAGAUGGACAAGUAGUUUUACAGUUGAACGGAAUGGGAUUAUCUAACGAAGGAGAAGAAAUGGUUCUGAUUGCGGCUGAUGACACGGCGACACUGGAAAGUUUGAUCUCUUCAGGUGCUGUCACAGCUAUUGCGACUGAAAAUGGCACAGAGUAUCUGCGGUUCGCCGACCCCAGUAUGGAAGGAACACAAGUAAUUUAA